AUGUUUCGAGGUAUAGUGAGAAGUGUGCAGUUGGGGUCUCCCUACCCUGUAUGGACUCGACUGAUCCGGUUCAACUCUAACUUGAACCAGUUGAAGUCCCAAGGGCAAGAAGGGGCUGCGCUGGCUCUGAGUGGAUCGCAUUCCUAUGUUGAAGGUUUAUUAUCAGAAACUGUGAAGUUCAAGCAAGAGGAAAAUGCCCAACAAUCUGGAAUGACCAUCGUCGAUUCUCCCCGGGAAAUGGCUGCUAGAAUUAAUGUCCAACUGCCUAUGGCUGGCAGAGUGGCAAUCGUAAAGCGAGGAAAUAUUGGUGAGGCCAUCGGCAAAAUCAAUAGAACCAUCGGCGAGAAUAAGGUGAGGUACUUGAACAAACAACAAUCACGGUUCACUCGCCCAGCCAAGUUGGCUAAGCAGAAGAAGCGCGAAUGGUGGAGAAAGCGCUUUUCAGAAGGCUUCAAAGACUUGAUGGACCAAGUCAGAGACGCCAAAAGACGGGGUUAUUAA